UCACUGGUGGGCUCGGCCUUCUGGAUGGCGCCAGAGAUGCUGCGAGGGGAGCCGUACGACCGCAAGGUGGAUGUGUUCUCCUUCGGCAUCGUGCUCUGUGAGGUUCUGGCCCGGAUCUCUGCCGACCCAGAGAUGCUCCCCAGGACACAGGACUACGGGCUGGACGUGGAGGCCUUCAGGCAGCUGGUGGACGACUGUCCUCAGCGUCUCCUGGAGCUCGCCGCCAGCUGCUGCAUGGUGGAGUCCUUCCGGCGGCCGGCGUUCACUGAGCUGCUGGAUGAGUUGGAAGAAGUCUCAGAGAGUCUGGAGCCGCCGCCGCCAUCCGACGCCACCGCGAGCUGAGUCGUCCGCCUCGGGGAAGAAAGAAGCCCCUUCCGUUCAUCCGCAGGCCGGCCGCCGAGGGUCCGGGAGGAUUUGGUCCCCGUCCGGGGGAGAAGGAAGCUGGACUUGGACCCCCGAGGCCCUCUUGAGGCAGUGCUCUCCUCUCCUGCAGCCACACACAACCUGAACUCGUCUGCACUGGAGGGGGGGGGGGGGGAGUCUCCUGUCUUCUUGUGAACUCUGUGAUGAUCCGUAGUUUGACUCCCAGGAGGGAAUGUACAGUGUUCCUGGUUUCUCUUCCGUCUGCUCUGUGUGUGAUGAUCUCAUCCGCCCACGUGUUUUAUGCCUCUCCUCUCUGCUCUCAAACAAACAAACAAACAAACAAACAAAUGUACAUGGCUUCACAUAAGACACAUGACACACAUGAAGAGGUCUAAAGUCGCCGUGUACACUAAAAUCUAUAUCUGCUAAUACAU